AUGCAAAUAUGCUAUCUUAAGAUUUAUGGGAAGAACAGGUUGAUUCGGAAUGUUCAAAAUGUUCUUUCAUUUGCGGAAAGUUUUCCAAUACCCCGACUGUCUGCUGAACAGCAGAAAUCGUUAUCAGCUUUUGGUAACGCUGCUGAAGGGUGCUUAUACCAUUAUCCUUUAGUUAACAUACAGACCUUCUCUCAUGGCCUCGGCGUGGGUUGGAUGUCGCCGGUGAUGCGAAAUCUUCAGACUGAUGAGACGCCCCUCAGCUUUCGCGCUGUCAUAGAGGAGGUGUCCUGGAUCGGCUCGUUGCUGGGCGUUGGCAGCGUCAUUGGCAAUAUUUUGGUUGGCCUUGCGCAGGAUCGCGUUGGCCGUAAGCUUGUGAUGUUCGCUAUUGCCAUACCACAUUCGUGCUUUUGGGUCUUGAGCUUUUAUGCGCAGAGCGUGGAGUACUUGUACUUGGGUCGGCUUUUAGCCGGCAUUUCGGGCGGUGGAGGCUAUUUAGUCCUGCCAUUAUUUAUCAGCGAAAUAGCAGACGCAAACAUACGCGGCACCCUGGGUUCCAUGAUUUUAUUGUCUGUGAAUAUCGGAGUCCUAUGUGGCUAUAUCAUAUCCAUUUAUGUGCCAUAUAGCACGGUUCCGAUGUGUGUGCUGGCACUGCCCAUUUCCUAUUUCAUAUGCAACUUCUUCUUCCCUGAAACACCCCACUUCCUCAUACGCAGGGGAAAAUACGCGGCGGCUGAGAAAUCCUUUUGUUUCUACAAAAAUUUGAAAGCCAGCGACAGCACUGGACUCAUCGAGUUCGAUGACUUGCGGAUGAAGUUAACCAAAGAGCAGAAGUUGGAGGACAAGUCUGUUAGCUGCAAGGACUUUGUUACCAAGCCUGCUUUCAAGGCCUAUGGCUCGGCCAUUGUCCUGCUGCUGGCGAACCAGCUGACUGGUCUCUUUUGCUUCACCAACUACAUGACCGACAUUUUCGCCGCCUCGCACUCCACCCUUCACGCGGAUAUCUGUACAAUUGUGGUCGGAAUAGUACAGGUUCUUGGUCUCUGUAUGACCACAAUGCUCUGUGAUAAAUACGGCCGCAAAAUAUUGCUGCUGGUGUCUUGCCUUGGCUCUGCGAUAUGCUUGGGAGCCUUCGGCUCCUACACCUACUAUGCAUCCAAUCCCAACAAUGACGUCAGCGCCGUGGGUUGGUUGCCUUUGUUGCUGCUCUCGUUGGAUAUCUUCAUUGGAAAUAUCGGACUUGUGGGCUGUUUCUUUGUAGUGCUGGUCGAAAUCUUUCCAGCAAAGAGCACGAUGCUGUGCCUUAAACUAAGAGAAGUGCUUCAGAAUCCGAAUUGUGUGCUUAAUCGCAGGAAUCGCAAUCAAUUUGCGGUAACACUGCUAAUCAAUAUCAUAACGUUUUCGCAUGGCGUGGGCAUUGGUUGGAUGUCGCCGCUGAUGCGUGAUCUCAAAACGGAGGCGUCCCCGUUCGACUUUGCGGUGUUCGUCGAGGAAGUGUCCUGGGUGGGCUCCGUGCUGGGCAUUGGCAGUGUGAUUGGCAAUAUACUGGCGGGCUCGCUGCAGGAUCGGCUAGGACGCAAGCUGGUCCUGCUCGCUGUGGCCAUUCCACAUACGUGCUUCUGGCUUUUGGUAGAAUUUGCCGCUGGCGUCGAGUAUUUAUAUGCGGGUCGCCUAUUGGCUGGAAUAACUGGCGGUGGCUUCUAUAUCGUGGUGCCCCUAUUUGUGAGCGAGAUUGCGAAUACCAACAUACGAGGCUCCCUCGGUUCCAUGAUCAUGUUGUCCGUCAACAUGGGCGUCUUAACUGGCUAUAUAGUCUCCACACAUGUGGCCUACUUAAUUGCGCCGUUUUGUUUCGUAAUGCUGCCCAUAGGAUUCUUCAUAUGCAAUCUCUUCAUUCCUGAAUCGCCCAUCCAUCUCAUCAGGAAAGGAAAAUACGCGGCAGCAGAAAAAUCCUUUCGAUUCUACAAGAAUAUCAACGCUAAUGACAGCAACGAAAUGGAUGAUUUUUAUAAACUAAGCUCCACAAAAGAACUUACUGUGGAGUCAGAGUCCCUUAGUUACAAGGAUUUUGUUACCAGAGCCGCGUUCAAGGCAUAUGGUUCGGCCAUCGUUUUGCUGCUGGCGAACCAAUUCAGUGGACUCUUCUGCUUCACCAGCUACCUCUCCGACAUCUUCGCCAAGUCCCAUACGACUCUAAACGCGAAUACCUGCACCAUUGUUGUCGGUGUGGUGCAAAUUCUAGGAAACUAUGCAACCACAUUAUUUUGCGACAGAUAUGGUUGAAAGAUUCUAUUGAUGAUAUCCUCUAUGGGCUCGGCCAUUAGUCUAGCGGCAUUCGGGGCGUUCACGUAUUAUGCCUCCGAUCCGAAUCACGAUGUCUCCGCUGUUGGUUGGCUGCCUCUAUUGCUGCUGGCCUUGGACAUAUUUCUGGGCACUAUGGGUCUGGUUGGCUGUGUCUUUGUAGUGAUGGUGGAAUUGUUUCCGGCCAAGAUACGUUCUGUUGCCGUUUCCUUCUUCAUUGCUUGUCUCAGCUGUGCAGUGUUCGUCGCUCUGAAAAUCUUUCCCCUCUGCAUGGCCUAUUGGGGCAUAUCUGUGACGAUGUGGUGCUGUGGUGGCGUGGCUCUGUGUGCCUUCGCCUAUUUUAGCUACUUUCUAGAAGAAACUAAAGGGAAAUCUUUGCUAGUGGAUGCCUAA